AUGUCAGACGUUAAGAGCCUUGAACAUCCUACAUUGAAGGUUCCAUACGAGCUUCUAAACAAAAAGUUCCGUUCUGCUCAGAAAACUCUUGAUAGAGAAGUAUCACAUGUUCAAGCAGUAUCUAACGAACUUGAGAAAAGUUUGAAGACUGAUGGAACUUAUGUAGCAACCGGUGAAAUUAGCAAAUUGCUCGGUGGCGUAGUCGCUAGGCUUCAAGUUUUAAAGCGUAAAGCUCAGGAGUCCAUAGCAGAGGAAUUACAAGCAGGCAUGGUGUGUAAAAGAAGAUUAGAUCAUUUAAAGGAUCACGCUAAUACCUCUCCGAGCGCUGUGAAUCAAUGGAGACGACAGAGAUUAGACAGAAUGCUUGUGGAAUAUUUCCUUCGCAAGGGAUACUACAAAACGGCUACUAAACUGGCAGACAGUAGCGAACUUAGGGAUCUAACAAAUAUUGAUGUAUUUAUGGUAUCGAGGGAAGUGGAAAAAUCUUUAGCCAAUCAUGAAAGUGCGAGAUGCAUCGGUUGGUGUCAUGAUAAUCGUUCGAAGCUAAGAAAACUAGGCAGCACUAUGGAAUUCAAUUUACGCGUGCAAGAAUUUAUCGAAUUAGUGCGAACCGACAGACGGCUUGAUGCGGUGAAGCAUGCUCGAAAAUACUUUGCCAACUACGAUGAUUAUCAGCUGCAGGAGAUUCAGUGCUGCAUGGGCCAGUUGGCCUUCCCGGCUCACGCAUACUUGAGUCCCUAUAAGGAUUUACUGGAUGAAAAGAGAUGGGACAAACUGAUCGAGACAUUUCGGCAGGAAAACUACAGAUUGUUUCAGUUAGCGAGCCAGAGUGUAUUCACGGUAGCUCUGCAAGCCGGCUUGUCGGCUCUCAAAACUCCCCAAUGUUACAGCGCGAAUAAAGAAGGUCGAAAUCCUAGCUGUCCAGUUUGCAACGAAGCGUUAAAUGAAUUAGCCGCACCAUUGCCUUUCGCUCAUUGUUCGCAAUCGCGACUUGUUUGCAGCAUAAGUGGGAAACCACUAAACGAAUACAAUCAACCUAUGAUGAUGCCGAAUGGAUAUGUGUAUGGUGAACAAGCAUUAGAAAAAAUGGCUCAAGAAAAUAACGGCACUGUGAUCUGCCCAAAGACCAAAGAAGUAUUUCCAUAUAAAAAAAUUGAAAAGGUUUACGUAAUGUAAACUCUUACAUUGACACAAAGUAUAUACAUAUGUUGUACUAUAUGCUUGACGCUUAUAUGUGGCCCUCUCCUUGCUCCAAUCUUUCUGUUAUUUAAAUAAUAAUUGUAUACUAUACUAAUAAUACUGGAACGAAAUAACAUCUAUUUUUAAGGAAAAGUUGAUCGACUUAUUCACAUCC